CAUCCGGCAGGCUUGCUCUAAGCCAAAAAGGAGGUAGGGGAAAACGGCAAACGACUGAAGUUCAGUGUUUCUCACCCAUGCUCACGCACUCGUGGUUUUGAGACAGCGAGGAUACACGCAAUAAGCCGCGCUCCUGUAGCUGCGUGAACAGGCGCGGCGCGGAGGAGCUCUGGGAGCGCGCGCCUUUUCGGGACCAUGGAUCAUAACAUAGGUGCACAUCUCCACCACACACACAUAGACUCCAUUAGCUUCGGAAUCGAUCAGAUUCUCAACAAUGCAGAACAAGGGAGUUGUAUGAUCUCUAACCCCAGGAUGCAGGACUUGGACUACGGGCUGGGGAACAUUGUGAGCAAUGCCUACAACACCAUGACGGGCAACUACAACGUCAAUAACACCGGCGGAUACAACAGUAAUGCGUGCAGCGCUGCACCGCUCGGUGGCUCCUACAAUAUGAACGUUGGCAUGAACGGGAACGGAAACGGCCUGAAUGCGUCCGGGGUGAUCCGUGUUCCCGCACACCGGCCACUCAACAGCGUACACUCCUCCAUUCCCACAAGCGGCGCCCCGAUGCACAACAUGGCAGGCAUGGGCACUCUGAACAACCUCACGGGAUUAACAUUUCCGUGGAUGGAGAGUAACAGGAGAUACACCAAAGAGAGGUUUACAGUGGCCCUCUCACCCUUCACUGUAACACGCCGUAUAGGUCACCCGUACCAGAACCGCACACCACCGAAGAAGAAGAAGCCGAGGACGUCGUUCACACGCCUGCAGAUUUGCGAGCUGGAGAAACGCUUUCACCGUCAGAAGUACCUGGCUUCAGCAGAGAGAGCAGCUCUGGCAAAAGCACUUAAAAUGACUGAUGCACAAGUCAAAACAUGGUUUCAGAACAGAAGAACAAAAUGGAGGAGGCAGACGGCGGAGGAAAGAGAGGCCGAGCGGCAGCAGGCGAAUCGCUUAUUAAUGCAGCUGCAGCAAGAAGCUUUUCAAAAGACUUUAAACCAACCUGUAAAUCCAGACCCGAUCUGCUUGCACAACAGCUCCCUGUUCGCUCUGCACAACCUGCAGCCAUGGACUGAUAACACUAACAAGAUCAGCAGCGUCUCCACCUGCGACUAGUGACUCCGACUCUCUUCUUUUUCUAGGCUCGUCUAACUAGAUAUAGCUGUAAAUAAUUUAAUAAGACCGACGUCACAUUUCACUCCCUGUUAUUAUUAUUACCGCAGAAAAGCAGGUUUAUUUCUUCACGGCUUAUUCAUGUAUCCAGUCUGAACAAGAACUGUAAGGAAUUAUUAUAAUACCGGAUGUUUCUAAAGGUUUUAUUGGCACACACACAGUGAAGUUGGCUAUAUUUUUAUAUUCAGCAUUUUUUUGCACUUUUACUCUUCACUGCAUUGUAGAAUUAGACGCACGCAGUUCUGGGUUUAGUUGCAACAACAUUUUUAAAGCUGAACAGAAAGUGGAUUCAAGAAUCAGGUUUCAAGCACUUAUUCUGGAGGUCAAAAAAUAAAUAAAUCCGUAAUCAGACACGGAUCUGAAACGAACCCUAUUUUAAUACCGAGAGUCUUGAUCUUGUAAACGAGAUCUGGAUAGGCUACAUUAUUUUGCAGUAAAACAGCUGUGUAUAUUAUUUUGUCAUUUUGCUUUGUUCAGAUAAUGUUUUGAACACUGAACUAAACUUUUUAACAUUUAAAUACUGACAUUCCAUAGCAAGUCACAUUUUUAGAUUAUUAUUGGAUUUAAUUUCGGAGUGAAUAACUGUUUUGGUUGCACGAUAAAUGUAUGUUCUCCUCAUUGUAUGGGAAAUGUAACAGUGUGUUUGUGAUAUUAACAGUAUGCAGAUGUGAGAGUGUGUUUGAAACUUUCCAUGGCCAAAUCUAAAGGAGUAUCAUGUUAAGGUCCAUUAGCACAUUCCAAAUGCUAUACAGUGCAUUAAACGUAUCCAAAAUAUUAAGACAUGGGAAUCAAGGGAAACAACAAUAUCAACCCAAGCUAAACACAAAUCUGCUGUCAUGGUGAGAUGUCAAAAAGCAAGCAAACAAAGACUGGUUUAAGCUUUUUUUAUUUUUAUUUUUUUACCCCUUUUUUUUUUAUACAAUUUUGUGAAGAAUUCAAGAUUCCAGCAUAACUGGUUUCUGUCUGCUUAAUAAAUAUUUAACAGUUCAUCUCUGCCUUUUCCACAAGGGUAAGCUGUUAUGCAGUUAUGCAGGAAACCAUCAUUGCAAAUAGCUUUCUUCCAACUUUCCAUGGAACAAUUAGAUGCUGUACAAAGGUAGUAACAAUUCUGGCAUGCACAAAGUUUCUAGAAAAUCAUGACGUUUUGAACAAAUGUCCUUUAUCAGCUGAGGGUGAGAAAAAUGGAUUAAAACCAGUCCAUAUACUGAUUUUAUUUUACUGGAAACUUUGUGUACUACAAUUUUUAUUACCUCUGAAUUUUUUGUAACUAAAUUACACCACACUACAGUAUGUGCUGGUCAGAGAUCAUGAUUUCUGUGUGAAUAAACUACUUUAAAAGUAAACAUAA